AUGUGUUACAUGAAAGCUACUGAAUUCGUUGUUCCUGAUGGCUUCUCCAACGUCUCUUUUCGGUGCAAGUUCCCAGAGCGGUUCGACCCCACAUCAGCACAGCAAAUCCCCGCAUUUAUAUGGAUCCCGGGGUAUCUGGGCCAAGAGGGAGUUUCUUCAAGCUCGAACCCACGAUCAUCUGUCAAGAACAACUGCACUAUCUUGAAGGCGACAUUCACACCUCAUCGUGUCAAGGUUAUCCAAGGCGAUGCAGGUGUCGUCCCUUGGGGUUGCCGUAUCUCGGUUCGAUCACACAAGUUCACUAUUUGGCAAACUAUCUUGAAGGCGACAUUCACGCCUCAUCCAAGGCGAUGCAGGCGCUUGGUUCUUUUCUCGUCCCUUGAGGUUGUCGUACCUCAUUUCGAUCACACAAGUCCCUACUGUCUGGCGAACCUUCAUUCCUACUCGAAGCUAGCCAAUGAGGAUCACGAACGAGACGCCCAAUCCCAAGGCACAUUACCUCUCGAGCUCAACGUGCCAGCAUUCAUUGGAAGCUUAGAUUAUCCGCACCUGGUUUCUCCGAUUGCGGAGUUUCGCAUAACCCUCGCAUAUUCUGAUGCCCAUAGCGGGAGAGCGCGCUACGCCCGGAGAGUGAAUGGGAGAACUAAGAACCGCAUCGACUUGGCCGCAGCACUCUCAAACACUUCAUUUUGGGGGACCAUUCUCAGUGGCGUCCUACAUAUCGGAAAACAAGAUUGGUAUCAAGCGCCAUUAUACCAGGAACAAUAUGAUAUCCACUGGCCUUCUCACUCCACCUGGACACCACCCCAUUUCUUCAAUCCCAGCCGGGUGUUUAUGUUGCUGCCUGGAUUCGGUCGAUCGACGGGAGUGCUUCUCCAUGACAGAACUUUAUUUAUUUCAUCCGUGAUGUUGAGCUGCGGCAAGAUCACAGUUGAUAUCACUCUUCCGCUUUAUAACGCGUUGAGAUCAUGCGCAACUGAAGCGCGUGCGCGUAUCAAGGACAACAAGAGCGUGAAAAUGAGCAUAGAUGCGACCACGCACUUGAACCCGGGAUGA